AUGUCGACAACUACCACAGAUGCAGUAAUAGUUACAUUAGAACAAGUUCAUGGCACUGUUAUGAUACUCGCCUGGAUCGUUUUCGCUUCGGCUGGAAUUUUGUUUGCACGAUAUGGUCGUCGCAUACGUUUUGGUGAUACAAGCAAGUUAUUUGGUGCAGAUAUCUGGUUUCAAAUGCAUCGAUCCAUUGUUAUACUGGCUGCUAUUACAAUAUUAGUCGGUCUUAUAAUCAUUCUUGCUAAAGGCGAAAAUGAAUCGGUCCAGCGCAACAGAGAUGAGCAACGUGUAAAAGCUCACUCAGCUUUGGGCUUCAUCGUUAUAGGUUGUACUCUGUUACAAGUUGUGAUGGGAUUAUUUCGUUGUGGUCCUCAGAGUGCCCAUAGGUUUAUAUUUAAUUGGAUUCAUCGAACUGUUGGCAUUCUAGCUUUUAUACUUUCGAUACCCACUCUCUUUUUGAUUACAUCCGUUCUUAAAACCUAUUUGACUGGUCUUAUGAUCAUUCUAUCACUUUGGGCUGGUUGGAUUGCUAUCAUUGUUAUUGUUCUUGAAAUUAUUCAAUAUCGAAGUCGAUCAAACUCAUCCACAAUAGGAACCAAAAUGGAAAACGGUAAAGAUGGACAAGAACUCAAUGACGGAAAAUUGGAACGAGUUCCAAGCGGAUCGAAAAAUAUGAAGCCAGAACCAAGAAAUUACAAUAACUUGACAUUGUCUUUAUUUAUUUUAAAUUUAAUUGUUGCUAUUGGUCUUGCCAUUCCACUCAUUGUUCUCAUAUGGCAGCAGUAG